UCUCUCUCGGUUAAUUCUCAUCUUUUAUUAUGGCGACGUCUAUACCAAACGUUUCAAACGAUUUUACUCUUUUAUAUAAUCCAAGUUGGGGUUAUAAUCGUUGUAGUACGAAAGCUUACUUUAAAUCUCCAAAUCCAACAAAUUUUCAACAUGGUUUUUAUGGCAUAGAAAAUUCAACUAUAAGAGGUUCCUUUCACUUAUGUUAUCCGGUAAACUCUCCAUUAUACACUAAUAAAAUUGAAUUAAUUUUCGAAGGUAAACAAUCCAUUUCUUGGAAAGAAAAUAAUAAUAUUAUUAAUGAUGAAAAAAUUAUAUAUAAACAAUCGAAAAUAAUAUGGAAGUCUAAAAACAAUAAUUAUGAAGAACUUUCUACUUUAGAUUUACUUUUUGAAUUUCAUUUACCGGAUAAUUUACCUUCUACAAUAACUUCCCUUAAUGUUAAAAGUUAUGGUGAAAAAAUUGCUGGUGGUGUUGCAGGUAAUGGAACUGAAGUAGGUCAUAUUACUUAUGGUUUACGUGCGGAAAUAUUUCGUCCAAUAAAUAUUUUUAAAUUACAAUUAAAUCAAAAGAAAAUUGUUGAUAUUUGGUGUAGAAUUCAAAGAUGGCAAAGUUUGGAGAGUUUAAAUACUUUUGAUAGACCUUUUAGAUGGGUAGAUUCUAAUGAUGAUAUUCGUUAUGAUGUUGAAUUGGAGAAAACUAUGUUCAAUUAUAAAGAUACGAUUAAUAUUCCAAUGAAAUUUUUUAUUAAUGAUUUGGAUAAAGUUAAAAUUAAAAAAAUUUGUGUUAGAAUUAAAGAAUAUCAUGAACUCAAGAUCAAUGAUAAAUCGAAAAAAAUUGGAGGUUUCGUAGUAACUGAUACAGCAUUUGGUGAACAGGCUAAAAAAUUAAAGACAAAUAAUGAUGAUGAUUAUUAUUUUUUUAAAAUGAGAUUAAAUUUAACAAAAACUAAUUUAGGUAGAAAAUUAAAUUGUUCUGUGAACAAUGAAAUGAUUAAUAUUCGACAUAAAUUAAAAAUCAAAAUUUAUUUAGAGAAUUCGAAUUUACCUUCAAUCGAUUUAGAAAAAGAAAUUACUAUUUUAAAUUUUGCCACAGAACAAGACACUUCAGAACAACAUCGUUUAUCGAAUACUUGGUUUUAUCAUAAUGAAUCUAAAACUGAAGAAACCCUUGUAGAAACAAAUGUCGCUUGCCAUGGUAGAACGAAAAAUAGAAAUAAAUAUGUUACAUCUCAAAAGAAACGGUUUACUUUAUUUGGUGUAAAAUUUAGUGGCAGGAACACUAGGAACACUGAUUAAUAAUCAUUCAUAUUGUAUAUUUUUCAUUUUCAUUUUUUUUUUUUUUUUCCU